AUGAAAGAUGGACACAUUAUUAAAAUGUAUUCUUCUUUUUAUUUAUUAUCCUAUCAAGAGAUCCAAUAUAGGCCAUAUAAACGAAACCUAAGAUUUGGCUUAAUAUAAUAAAUUACAAAUCUGAGACGGCCAGGAGAAUAUGGGCAAAUCAAUCAGAAAGUAGAAAAAAUGGAUAACAUUUUCUAUGGAUAAUAUUGUAUAAUUUAUUAAAAUAGAUUUGA